AUCCUGCAGCGAUGUUGCGCGUUAUCGGUGGCACGAAAAAUCUAUGUUGGCACGGAUCUCGUAACUUUGGGCUCCUACUACAGUGGCGGCUUGGUGGACAAAAAAGAUCUGUACAGCAAAGAAGGACCUGAAUUCGAUUUCGUCUCGAACAUUCGCACGGAACAAGGCGGAGUACGUGUGUGGGUGUAUCGGGUAAUCUGUCCAAAAGGUAAUGCAGGAGCAUCGCAUGCAGCUGAAGAAAGGCCAGCGCAAAGGAGCGUUGGGACGCAAACAGCUGGAAACAACGUACAAGUAGAACCACGAAUACCCCAGGGCAUUGCUGCACCUCCAGCAGCGUAUAGGCCGAUCAACCCACUGCAGUACCGUCCGCCAAAUUUACCGCAACUACAGCAACGUCUCGCGCCGCCAAAUGGCGCUUCGUAUAAAGCACCAUCCGAACGGCUAAUCUAA